UCUAUAAAUAUGUACGACAUGUCUAGUCAUUAUUACAUAAUUCAGUUAUAUCACAUGGCAAUGGAUCGUGUUCUUCGUAUGAAGAGUGGUGAAGGAGAAGCAAGCUAUGUUAAAAAUUCCUUAAUUCCGAAAAAAGCAAUAAUGAAAGUGAAAGCCUUACUUGAUGAGAACAUGAGACUGAUGAUACCAAAAACAACUUUUAAUAGUUGUUGGAAAGUAGUCGAUUUGGGUUGUUCUUCCGGACCAAAUGCACUUAUGGUCGUCUCAAAUAUCAUUAACGUGAUUGAUAAAAUUAGCUUAAGCUUAAACCAUGGGUCACCAACAACGUUCCAAAUUUACCUCAAUGAUUUAUAUGAAAAUGAUUUCAAUACUAUCUUGAGAUUACUACCUGAGUUCCAUCAAAGCAUACAAAAAGAAAGAGGACACAAUGCUGGAGGAUGUUUCAUACAUGCAACACCAGGGAGCUUCUAUGGAAGAUUGUUCCCCAAUAAUUACAUCAACAUUUUCCAUUCUUCUUAUUGUGUUCAUUGGCUAUCACAAGCACCAAAAUAUUCGACAAAGAAAGCAGAACCACUCAUCAAGAAAAAUAUUUAUAUAACAAGAAUGAGCCAUCCAUCAGUGUAUGAUGUAUAUGUUGAGCAAUUUGGAAGAGACUUCAACAAUUUUCUAAAGUCACGCUCAGAAGAACUAACAAAUGAUGGUGUGAUGGUCCUCACUUUAAUUGGGAGAGAGAAAAAUGGUGAAAUUACUUCUUAUGAGAUACUAGGCAUGGUACUCAAUGAAAUGGUUCAAGAGGGUUUAGUUGAAGAAGAAAAAUUGGACUUGUUUAAUUUGCCUUUAUAUCAUCCUACUAUAGAAGAAGUAAACCAAAUGAUCGAAAUCGAAGGAUCUUUUAUCAUUCAAACAUUGAAGACUUUUAAAAUUGGUUGGGAUGCAAACCUACAAGAAGAUACCGUUGAUUAUAUUGAUAGCAAAAUGAGAGGAGAGUUCAUAGCCAAGUACCAUAGAGCUUGCUUUGAGUCUCUUUUAAUACAUGAGUUUGGUGAAACUAUCAUGGAUGAAUUGUUCUCAAGGUUUGCAAAGCUUAUUGCACAAUUCAUUGAAUUAAAGUCACCCGAUUUUUUUAAUAUUGUGUUGUUCAUGACCAAGUGUCCGUAGAGAUGGUGAAAUGAAUGUUGUGACAUUCAUAUGAGGAAUAAAGAUAUUUCUAAGGCAGCAGAGAAUAAAGAAUGAAGGUGCUUUGUUUAGUAAGUGUUAGUUGAACUCGGAAGUAAAAGAUUUCUCAUGUUGGAGAAUCACAUAUUUAACAAGAUUCCAAUGUGAAAUAUCUUGGCGUAUUGUGAAUUUUUUAGUGAAAAACU